AUAAGUCGGACUCCGAGGAGCCAGGAAGUAACUGUGAGCCAUGCAGCUCAUGAGACGGAUAAAGUAGCGCGAGCGAGCGUCUGUUGUCAGCAGUCGGGGAUCACACGCGCGAGAGUGAGGAAGAACAACAAGCCAAGUGCAAAUUACUGCCAAAUCUAGUGCAGUACAACUCACGGACCCCACAAGACGCGAAAUCCGAAGGAGGUUUUACAUUUUAAAGAAUACAAAGCUCACUGCAACAUACUCCAUCAUUAGAAGAAGAGAAAAAGACGGAAGGAAAUAAGAGCGGGACUUGCGUGUUUCAAAACAACGCUUCACUCUCUUUGCAAGUUUAGACAAAUACAAUUAACACAAUUGAUCAAAUCGCGAUCAAGAUGCCUCGGGUGGUCCCGGAUCAGAGGAGCAAGUUCGAGAACGAGGAGUUCUUCAGGAAACUCAGUCGCGAGUGCGAGAUUAAAUACACCGGUUUCCGCGAUCGGCCGCACGAAGAGAGGCAGGCGCGCUUCCAGAACGCGUGCCGUGACGGCCGCUCAGAGAUAGCUUUUGUGGCAACCGGCACCAACCUCUCGCUGCAGUUCUUCCCAGCCAACCUUCAUGGGGAUCAGCGGCAGGCGCCCAGCCGAGAAUAUGUGGACUUCGAGCGGGAGACGGGAAAGGUUUAUCUGAAGGCUCCUAUGAUCCUGAAUGGAGUGUGUGUGAUCUGGAGAGGCUCGAUUGAUCUUCAGCGCUUGGAUGGGAUGGGUUGUCUGGAAUAUGAUGAUGAGAGGGCACAGCAUGAGGAUGCUCUAGCCCAGGCAGCCUUUGAGGAAACCCGCAGAAGGACUCGUGAUUUUGAGGACAGGGAUCGCUCGCACCGUGAGGACAUGGAGCCCAGGCGACAGCAGGACCCAAGCCCUGGCUCCAACAUGGGCAACACUGAUGAUCACAAGAUGCGCUAGCGGCAUUCACCAAAGUGGGCAGGGAUAGAGUCAUAAGACCUCCAACACCACAGCAAUCUCAUCUCCUGAUGCCUUGUUUAUCACAGGACAGACCAAAGUCCACACCGGUGGGGAUUUUUGGAUGGGAUGUUUGGUGAAGGGGCUGGGUGGGUUGGGCUGGGCUGGUAUUGAUGUGAGUCAGAGAUUAAUUUGCAUUUGAUUUAGUCCCUCGUUUAUUCUUGGGAUUUUUGCACUAUGUGAUACGUUCAGUUUAAGUCCCCCAUAUCGCCUUUCGGUAUGCAUGGUUUUCCUACCUAUGUUUGCUCUUGUUCCCCCCUAUGCAAGGCAUCUUAUUUUAUCCUAUUGUAAUGAAAUGGCAUUUUUUAAUUAUUUUAUUCGUAUUGUGUGUGAAAGUCAGGAUGUUUACUUUUUGUAUUUUCAUUUCCUCUAUACUGUAUAUAAACCUGUCUGUCCUUGUGCUUUGUAAGAGAAACAAGUAAACGUCGUUAGGUAGAUUUGUGCAGUAGAGUAGAACUUUUUUUUUUUAUGUCUAAAAAAAGAAAAAUCUAGAAAGAGGCUGCUGAUGUUGUGAAUGAGGAGGUAUUUUCUUUUACCAUCCUUCUCUAUGUGCUCUGUCUUCCACUCUCUUCCUGUUACAGUCAGUUGAAGCAUGCUUUGAACGUGAACUGAGCAGCAGGAAGUGAAUAUUGAGGUCAGUGUUACCCUGAGCGUGCUCUACACAAAAUGAGGCAGAGAUUCGUUUUUUCACCCUACAUCUGCUUUUUCUUUCAUUAAUGUCUACGUUUUACCUAUUUAGUUUGUUUUAA